AUGUGGCAUUCAUGUCAUUCCAAUUCAGGGUUAUUAUGCCGAAACUGCAAUUCAUCGACAUUAAGUCAUUCACGAGAUCCUGAUGACUGGGAAGAUCUAAAGUUUAUUGAGAUGCACAAAUCACAGUAUAAAGAUGUAUUGAAUGCUAUGAAUCCAAAUGGAACACAUAAUGAAAGUUUGUGUCAGAAGUGUCGUGAAAUGGGACGAUCUUGCCGUGCAACUGAAAAUGAUGAAUUAGAAACAUUAAUAAAUCGUCCAUUCAGCGAAGAUGAUAGCGAGGAUGACAUGAUUUUCACAACAAAUAAUCGCCGACCACCGAAUAUCUCGCGAGAAGACGAAUACAAACCUCUAAUUCGAAAUUAUCAUGUAUGUGCUAGUCGUCCUCAAGUAGAAUAUGCCAAUACGACCGUCGGCAUUCACCCACAAAACAUACAACAGCGUGAACAAUCUCAAAGAUCGAAGAUCUUCAUAAGACGUCUUUUGUGUAUUGUGUUACUAGCAAUUUUGCUAAUGACAUUAUUUAGCCUACUGUUUAAUAUACCCAAGUCCGUGUUGAGCACAACGACAACAACAACAACAAGUACUACUACUACUACUACUACUAUAACUACAACUACAACAGCUAGAACUACAACUACACCAUGUUUUUCUUCAAAAACGAUGGUCACACUUGAAAGUGGGAUUCAAGUUCCUUUGCACAAUCUACAAGUAGGAGAACAAGUUCGCAUCGAUUCUCACAAGUCAAGUGCUGUCUUAGCAAUUUUUCGUCAUUAUCGUUCAUCGAUUUUAUUUAUGGAAAUAUAUUUCAACGAAAAUCGAAGUCAACCACUUCGUCUAACACCAACACAUUCUGUACUUGUGCGUGGAUCUCAUGAUGAAAGCGAACAAUAUCGUUUUGCUCGUGAUAUUUCAGCCGGAGACUUUGUUUAUUCCACUUUACUUCAUCAAAUGGUUAAGGUGAUUAAAAUACGAGAAAGUACGAAUGUUGAUGAUUAUGCUUAUGCUCCAUUGACAUUUGAGGGAAGAAUUGUAACAAAUAAUAUUAUUGCUUCAUGUUACGCAACAUAUCCUCAUUGGUUGAUGCAUAUAAUAACGACACCACUUCGUUGGUGGUAUUGGCUUUUAAUUGAAUUAGAACAAGCCUAUUUGCAUGCAUUGAGCACAUCAUUUUGUGUACAAUGUGUCGACUGGUAUUUACAAUUCUUUCUUGUUGCAACUACUUUUAUUGCUUGA